AUUUACAAUAAUAUUGUACGCGUACUUGUGAAACAAUGUUUUCAUUCCCAAACGUGGUCACUAUGACGUUUUCGAUGGACCCACCUAAAAUACUAUGCCUUUUGUUUCAGUUUUGCCAAGUGUCGACUAUUAGGACGUAACUCGUUUUCUAUACCUACUUGAUUAGACUGUCGCCUGUGUAGCGUGAAAGGGCACGCACCAGUACGGUAUAAACACUGUACUGCCGUGUCACAAAUUUUUAAUGAAUUUCCGAUGUAACUAAUAAAUAAAUAUAAUAACAUAAAUCAAUCGAUAUUUUCAAUAAAUCCCAUCAAAAUCAAGUCAUCGACUGUUAAACCAACUAUAAACCACAUAAAAAACCAAAGAUGUUUAUCAACUGCAUUAAGGGAAAGGCCUGUUACACGACCGUUGGCUUCGUUGGUAUCGCAUUCGUCAUCAUUUUCUUGGUCGUUCCAACUAUCUGGCGAUAUUCACCUUCGAUUCAAAAGAGUAUGAUAUUCCUGAAUCAUGAUUUUAUGCCUGAUGUACAAAAUUACAGUUAUCCGGAAGUUUAUGGCAUGGAAGGAACUAGAAAUUUUUACAUUAUUACAAAAGACUAUAUAACACUAGGAGUGUGGUAA